CAGGUCUGCCAAACCAUCUGUUUUCUCCAUCCAGCACCGCUCUUUCGUCUCGCUUUCCCCGUUUCUUCUCCGUCAAAUACAUAUUCAAAAUGGGUCGCAUGCACAGUAACCUCACUCCCGAGAGCAUCGUCGACAUGAUCAUCAAGAACGCCCGCAAGGGUCUCUCGCCUUCCCAGAUCGGUGUCGUUCUGCGAGACUCCAACGGUGUCGCCCAGGUCAAGGUCGUCACCGGCAACAAGAUCCUCAGAAUCCUCAAGUCGAACGGCCUCGCUCCCGAAAUCCCCGAGGACCUCUACUCCCUCAUCAAGAAGGCCGUCUCCGUCCGCAAGCACCUCGACCGCAACCGCAAGGACAAGGACUCCAAGUUCCGUCUGAUUUUGAUCGAGUCCAGAAUCCACAGACUGGUCAGAUACUACAAGACCGUCGGCGUCCUUCCCCCCGUCUGGAAGUACGAGUCCGCCACCGCCUCGGCUCUCGUCGCCUAAGCGUCUUGUUUAUUUGUGUUGUUUGAAAAGUUAAUACAUGAAGUAAAAAGAUUAUCUCGGCUGGGUCUCUUUCUCAGGGAAGAUGUAUUGUACAUUUAGAAAAAU